AUGCAGGAGACGGGAAGUGUCACCAAGGUCACGGCGGAGAGGGGACAAGGGCGACGAGGAGAGCUCUGGUGGCAUGGGAAAGUCACCUCGGAGAUGGAUCUGAAAGGAUGGGAAGAGAUGGGAGGGGUGGAGGGGAUGCAUAAGAAGGGGCAGAUGGUGCCCUUGGGUUGUUGUUUGGCCUCGGAGCUCUCCUUCCUGGUGGAGCCCAGCGACGUGAUCGCCGUCAGGGAUCGCCCGCUCAUGCUGGACUGUCGGGUUCAGGGCGAUGAGCCCAUCAUGGUUACUUGGCGUAAAAAUGGGGUUCCUUUACCCACAAGUGAGAGGGUUCAGGUGCUGGCGAACGGGACGCUCUUCUUCCAGAGCUUUCAGAAACGCAAAGAUGGGAGCGACGCAGAUAUGGGCGAGUACGACUGCGCCGCCCAAAACCGCUACGGCUUGCUGGUCAGCCGUAAGGCCAAAGUCCUCCUGGCAUCUCUUCCAAAGUUUCACACACACCCGGCCUCCAUGGCCGUGGACGAGGGGGGCGUCGCUCGCUUCCAGUGUCAGAUCAACGGAGUACCUGAGGCCAACAUCACCUGGGAGAGGGACAGAGUGAUGCUCAACACCUCCGACAACAGAUACACCCUCCUGCCAAAGGGAGUCCUCCAGGUGACCGGUGUGAGGCAGAAGGACGCCGGAGUGUUCCGCUGUGUCGCCACCAACAUCGCUAACAUUCGCUACAGCCACGACGCCGUCCUCAACAUCACAGGUGGAGCUUCGAGGACCUACAAGGAGCCGGUCAUCCUGUCCGGUCCUCAGAAUCUGACCCUCACAGUCCACCAGACGGCCAUCUUGGAAUGCAUCGCCACAGGAAACCCCCGGCCCAUCGUCUCCUGGAGCAGGCUCGACGGACGCUCCAUCGGGGUGGAGGGGAUCCAGGUUCUGGGGACGGGGAAUCUGAUGAUCUCAGAUGUUUCUCUGCAGCACUCGGGUGUUUACGUGUGCGCUGCAAACCGACCGGGUACCAGGAUGAGACGUACGGCGCUCGGACGACUCGUGGUACAAGCUCCUCCUGAGUUCCUGCAGUGGCCGCAGUCCGUGUCCAAACCAGCAGGGGGCAGUGCCGUGUUCACCUGUGUGGCUCAGGGCGUCCCCGAGCCGCACCUGAUCUGGCUGAAGAACGGAAAGGUGCUGAUGCCGGGACACAACGUGAAGCUGACCAACAACAACAGCACUCUGGCUCUGACCCGCAUCAGCUCCGAGGACGAGGCCAUCUACCAGUGCAUCGCCGAGAACAGCGCAGGCACCAACCAGGCCAGCGCCCGCCUGGCUGUGGCCCAGGCCAAAGACCUGCCCGCGGCCCCCGAGGGCCUCACAGCCGGCGCCAUGUCCACCAGCGCCCUGCAGAUCACCUGGACCGAGCCGCCCCCCAACGUCACGGAGGGCAUCAUCGGCUACGUGCUGCACAUCCGCAAGAUCGGAGAGCCGGACGGUCUGGAGCUGCAGGAGGCCAUCAGUAAAGGAACCUUCCAACACGAUGUGGCCAACCUGGAGCCGGCCACCACCUACUCCCUCUACCUGAAGGCAUACUCACCUCUGGGAGCCAGCCAGCAGUCCCGCACUGUGGUGGCUACAACACUAGGGGGCGUGCCGACCGCCCCGACCUUCUUCACCAAGGUGAUGAACACCAGCGCCGUGCAGGUCCUCUGGGAGCUCCCCAGCAAGGCGGGCAAGGCCGAGGGCUUCAGACUGUCCUACCGCAGGGUCCCACACGCCGACUUCCAGGGGCAGAUAGAGCUGCCCUGUCACAUUAAUGCCCACACCAUCACUAAGCUGGACGUUGGUGCUGUGUAUGAAGUCAAACUGGUGGCCUACAAUGGAAACGGGGAAAGCGACCUUUCCAAGAGACUGGUGUCACUGGCGGAGGAAGGUGUGAGCGGCCCGGCUGCAGGGAACAGUCUGUGUCAAUGCAGGGACGGAGAGGCCUCACUGGGCAGCAUCGUCAUCGGCAUCCACAUCGGCACCGCCUGCAUCAUCUUCUGUGUGCUCUUCCUCAUGUUCGGAUACAGACGGAGGUCUGUCCGUCACAGUGCCAAGUUGUCAUCGAGCAACACAUUUCAGGUUUGCCUGGCACGCAAAUACUUUCCCGAAACCCAGUGCCAGUGCCAGUGUACCGUGCCAGCCGCCAACCAGGCCAGUUCAAAGAGUGCUCACCAGGACGACUACCAUGGAGAGCGUAACCAUGGCAGCGCCUGA